AUGGCUGCCACCAUUCUAAACCUCACAACAAUAUUCAGGGAAGGAGAGCAACUACUCUUCCUUAGGCGUCAUUUUAAAAUUGAGGGAACUGAGAGCCUUCCUCCCUGGUUACCAUAUGAGCAACUGGCCAAUGGAUGGAUGGACCCACUCCUGGUCCAGUCAGUGCCCCGGGCACAGCCUAGCACUCUUUCUCCACCAGAGGCCAUGGGCAAGGCAGUGUCAGCCAAAUGGGGAGACCAUGAUAUCGUCUUACUUCAAAACUGCCUUCCUGAAAACAAAAGUACAGACACCCAGACGUUCCUUCAUGUUACACCACCCCCAACAGAACUUAAACCCUUUUACCCACUAGGAACUAAGAAGUCAAGCAAUAAUGUGCAGAAAGAACUCCGGUCACAUGUGGCCAAAGAGCAGUUUCCCAGUGGACUGUCCCCGAGCUCCCUGGACUAUGAUCUCCAUGUCAUCCAGGAGGGGUCACUUGCCCUUCCAAAAGUCAACUCCCUGGUGCCUUACUCAGGACUGGAAACGCGCGGGGGAGCCUCAGCCGGCGGCCGGGGACGCACAGCGCGGCGCGUUCCAUCGCCACGCCGCCGCGCAGGCCCUCCAUCUUCCUGCCCAGCCUCCUGGCCCCGCUCGGCCCUGCCUUGGGGGUCGGCUUCUCUCUGGGGCUCCUGCCCUUCCCCACCUCGGGCCUCCGCGGCUCCCCUGCCCGGUCCCCCUCCCCCGCCACACGCUGACACGCGCGGGCGAACACACACACACUCACACACUGACACGCCAGCGAGCUGCUGGCCGCUCAAUGGACCGAUUUCCCUGCUUCCCUUGAUCCCAGCCCAGCCCGGGAUGAGAAAUUGCAAAAUGGCCCGGGUCGCCAGUGUGCUGGGACUGGUCAUGCUCAGCGUCGCCCUGCUGAUUUUAUCGCUCAUCAGCUACGUGUCCCUGAAAAAGGAGAACAUCUUCACCACUCCCAAGUACGCCAACCCGGGGGCGCCCCGAAUGUACAUGUUCCACGCGGGAUUCCGGUCACAAUUUGCGCUGAAGUUUCUAGAUCCGUCAUUUGUGCCCAUUACGAAUUCUCUGACCCACGAACUCCAAGAGAAACCUUCUAAGUGGACAUUUAAUCGGACAGCGUUUUUACAUCAAAGGCAAGAAAUUCUUCAGCAUGUCGAUGUAAUAAAAAAUUUUUCUUUGACCAAGAAUAGUGUUCGGAUCGGACAACUGAUGCACUAUGAUUAUUCCAGCCAUAAAUAUGUUUUCUCUAUUAGCAAUAACUUCCGAUCACUGCUUCCAGAUGUGUCACCCAUUGUGAAUAAGCAUUUUAAUAUUUGUGCUGUGGUUGGAAAUAGUGGGAUCCUGACAGGGAGCCGGUGUGGACAAGAAAUAGAUAAGUCAGAUUUUGUUUUCCGUUGCAAUUUUGCCCCUACGGAGGCUUUCCAAAGAGAUGUUGGAAGGAAAACCAACCUUACCACCUUCAACCCCAGCAUUCUGGAAAAAUAUUACAACAAUCUUUUGACCAUUCAGGACCGUAACAACUUUUUCCUGAGUUUAAAAAAGCUCGAUGGGGCCAUUCUUUGGAUCCCUGCAUUUUUCUUCCACACUUCAGCAACUGUUACCAGGACAUUAGUUGACUUUUUUGUUGAACACAGAGGUCAGUUAAAGGUCCAAUUGGCUUGGCCUGGAAAUAUAAUGCAACAUGUCAACAGGUACUGGAAAAACAAACAUUUGUCACCCAAACGGCUGAGCACAGGUAUUCUCAUGUACACCCUUGCAUCAGCGAUGUGUGAAGAGAUCCACUUGUAUGGAUUUUGGCCUUUUGGAUUUGACCCCAACACAAGGGAAGAUCUUCCAUACCAUUAUUAUGACAAAAAAGGGACCAAAUUUACCACCAAGUGGCAGGAGUCACACCAGCUGCCUGCCGAGUUUCAGCUGCUGUACCGAAUGCAUGGGGAAGGGCUCACCAAGCUGACUCUGUCACACUGUGCCUAA